CACACACACACACGAGGCACAACCGCCUCCAAAGAGCUCACUCCAGACCAAACCAUGUUCCAGCCAGCAGCUAAGCGGUGCUUCACCAUCGAGUCGCUGGUGGCGAAGGACAAUCACUUGGCUUCAGAGGAUCCCAUCCGACCUACAGCCCUCAACUACCCCAACCCUUCCGCGGCCGAGGCGUUUGUUAAUGGCUUUCACAGCGCGGCAGCCGGCAGGUCCCUGUACAGCAGCCCGGAGCUGGUCUUCCCAGAGGCCGUGAGCCACCCCUCCUUGAGCGUUCACCCGCACCAGCUGGGCGCGUCCCAGCUCCAGCACCCGCACUCCUUCUUCGCCCCCCAGCACAGAGACCCCCUCAACUUCUACCCCUGGGUGCUGAGGAACAGGUUCUUCGGGCACCGCUUUCAAGGGAGCGAGGUGUCCCAGGAGGGUUUGCUACUGCACGGGCCCUUUGCCAGGAAGCCCAAGCGGAUCCGCACGGCCUUCUCCCCGUCCCAGCUCCUGCGGCUCGAGAGGGCCUUCGAGAAGAACCACUACGUGGUGGGGGCUGAGCGCAAACAGCUGGCCAGCAGUCUCAGCCUCUCGGAGACCCAGGUGAAAGUGUGGUUCCAAAACAGAAGGACGAAAUACAAGAGGCAGAAGCUGGAAGAGGAAGGCCCCGAAUCAGACCAGAAGAAGAAAGGUUCCCAUCACAUCAAUAGAUGGCGGAUUGCCACCAAACAGUCCAACGGGGAAGACAUUGAUGUCACGUCUAAUGACUAGAAAGGGGGCAGGCUGCUGGCAAAUAAACCAAUGAGAGGAACGAGGGGGAGGAGGGGAAAAUACGGGGCAAACAACACAAAACAAAAACCGGAGAGAUUUCACAAAGACAAAGCAACCGCCACCAACAGCUGAGUUUCCUCCGCGGUACGUGGGCCAAACGAGAGGCCUACGGACCAGUUCCUCCCUCGGCACUCAGUUCUGCCUCUGGGUGGCCUUCAGCGGUGCUUUGGAAAUGAAAGCUCCCAGACAACAGAGGAAACACCCCCGCAGCCACCCUGCGCUCCUGAGAACUGAACCGAGCUGCCCGUCCUCGCAGCCUGAAGCUGUCGGUCAGCCACAAGAUCAAAUAAAAAUGUCAACCGAGAAACUCAAUGUACACAAUCCUUUUCUUUUUUUACACAAUUUUUAUUUUAAUUUAUUAUUUUAUUUUGUGCGUGUGUUCCCUGUCGUAGGUAGUUAACAGCUGUAGUGUGCGUUACUGUAUGGUAAUAAAAGCAAAAUGGGCUUAA